AGAAGAGUUUAUGGGGAAAGCAAAGUUGUCAACACCUCUCAUCUUCCAAUCAAAGCUCCUCUGUCUCUCUCUGUUAUAUCUGUUCUCCACUCUGCUUUUAGCUCUCUAUUCCUCUCUCCAUCCUACCAAAUGCCUCUUCAGAUAUUCUCCUUUCGAUCCCGUUCAGGUUCCUCUCUUCUCUUACCCUCCUACCUAUGGAGAACACAAGUACGCCAUUUCAACACAUCGCAACCAUUGCUCCUCCCCUGUUUUUAUCUCUGAUUAUUGGAUUGCAUUGGAGGAGAUCAAAAAUUUAUGUCGGAAUUCAUCUGUAUCUUCUCAGGGCUUGAGGUAUAUGGAAGGAAACAGAGACAGUUUUGGUGGGAAUUUCAGUACCCAGAAGAGGAUGUCUUAUUUUAAUCAUUUAAAUGAUAGCGUGGAGAUUCCUUGUGGGUUCUUUAAGAAGUUUCCAGUCAGUGAUUCUGAUCGAACGGCAAUGGAGAGCUGCAAUGGAGUAGUUGUAGUCUCGGCAAUCUUCAAUGACCAUGACAAAAUCCGGCAACCGAAAACCCUUGGUUCCAAAACACAGGAUAAUGUGUGUUUCUUCAUGUUUGUGGAUGAUAAAACGAUUGAGGGACUAAGCCAACACCAAUUAAUAUCAAGAAAAUCCCUUGAAUAUAGUUUAGGUGUGUGGAGAAUUAUUAAGGUUUCAAGCACUGAUUUAUACGAAAAUCCAGCCAUGAAUGGAGUAAUACCUAAAUACUUAGUUCAUAGACUCUUUCCAAACUCGAAAUUUAGCAUUUGGAUAGAUGCAAAGCUUCAACUAAUGGUGGAUCCACUGUUGUUGAUCCACACAUUUGUUGUACCAAAGGAAGUGGACAUGGCGAUAUCACAACAUCCAUACUUUAUACACACAAUGGAAGAAGCAUUGGCAACUGCAAGGUGGCGAAAAUGGUGGGAUAUUGAUGCUUUGAGAAUUCAAAUGGAGACUUAUUGCGAGAAUGGAUUGCAGCCAUGGACGCCCAAUAAACUCCCCUAUCCCUCAGAUGUGCCAGACAGUGCUUUGAUCUUGAGAAGGCAUGGAGCCAACAGCAAUCUAUUCUCUUGCCUUAUGUUCAAUGAGUUGGAAGCAUUUAACCCAAGAGAUCAAUUGGCUUUUGCAUAUAUUAGAGAUCACAUGAACCCAAAGCUAAGUUUAAACAUGUUGGAGGUGGAGGUGUUUGAGCAGGUGGUUAUGGAGUACAGACACAACCUGAAAAAAGAUAAUGAAACUUGGAAACCUAGAAAGCUCAAAAGGGUUAGCAAAGAUUUGUUUGUAAAUAGCAGCUGUUGUAGCAAGUGCCACGAGUAUCUGUUUGAAAUGUGGGGGGAAUCCCAGAAUUGAUUUUUUUAUUUUUUUUUUCUCUUUAAAAAACUUGGUAGUGUUAGCACAGAAAGAAAGGAAAAAAGAAAACUAACCAAUAAAUCUUUCACAGGAAAAAGCUGACGACAAAUAACAGGUUGGCAGGGAUUGUUGCUUUUUGAUUUA